AGUACCGGUACUUCCUCCAGCUGUCAACUUCCGGUAGUCAGUAUGCAGCGCGACUGCACGAGCACUUCUCGCAGAAGUUGGGAAUGCUUUCCACUAUAACUUAUUAGCAUACAAUAACAUAUUUCACAUAUAUUUGAAAACUGAUUAUGCAUCGUAAUAUUUUUAUUUUGUUCAGUUGUAGAUGGACAGGCUUUUUUGGAGCACGUUGCUAAUUUUUGUGGGUGCCCUUCCGGUGAAAUGUUACACACUACACAGUACUGCAGACCUCGUGACGCCACUCACUGAGCAUUGCUGCAUGAAUCACUAGACCAGAACGAAAUGUUGUGGUUUUGAAAAAUUUCCUUUGCAUUUCAGGCAGUGAGUACUGUGGACAGCGUUCUUUGAUCUUGAAGGCAUCCUGACUCAAUUAUCCCUUCCCACAUCGAUGGCAGCUGAUGUCGUUCUGCCAUUCGUUCGCCUCUAAUCUGUUCGUUUUUACCCUGUAUCCCUCUCUGCUUUAUCGUUUAUUCAGUUGCCCGUGUGGCGUCCCCUCCCUAUGGAUGCGCAGAACGGCGCGGGGAGUGGCAGUGCGGCGCGUGCCGCCCCCCGUCCCGUGACGACGGUGUCGGGCGGAUCUGGUGAUGGACGGCAGGAGAGCGGUCAGCUGAAGGUGGGCGUCAAGUUCUACGCGGACGAUCCCAGUAAACUGCCGCAGAUGGUCAAACUGGAUUUCACGCGGCCCCUCAGCGCCCUCGUGGAGGACCUGUGCGCCCCCUGGGGGAUCCCCAAUCACCAGGAUUUCGCCCUGCAGCUGCAGGAUCCGCAGAAUCCCUCCCAGAUGAUCUACGUUACGGCUAAGAAUCGCGAUGAAAUUAAAAAUGGCAGUGUUCUUGUGUUGUCUCCCUCGGCAUCGGAGCAAGUCAAGAGCAUCCUGGAGAGUCUGCGCAUGGGAGACGCCACGAAGAAGCGCGCCGCCGUCACCCAGCUGGCGGCCUUAGCGCCGGACGUCACCUUUGCCGAGGAGUUCAUCACGCAGGACGGCAUGGAGUUGCUGGUGACCAUUAUCGAGAAAACGGGCUGGGAUAAAUCCCUCUCCACCGUCCCCUUCAUGAUGCCCGAACUGAUCGGGACGCUGCUGGGCGCCUACCAUGAUCUGAUUGAACUGCACGGGAUCGUCAGCUGGGAUACGGUGGACCAGAAUGUCAUCGCCAAGGUGGCAUCCUAUGUUAACAAGAGUAGUUUCGACCCGGCCACGGUGCAAAUUUCCCUGACGAUUCUGGAAUCGCUUCUUCUGAACAGUUCCAAGCAGGCGUCGGUGGCGCGGGAAAUCUCCUUGCCCCACGUAAUGGAGCAUCUCAAACAGCCGUCACUCCAGCAGAGUAUUUUAUCCCUCAUCAACGCUAUCUUCGCGCGGGGCAUGAACGAUGCGGCGCGGCAGAGUUUGGCACAGGUCAUCCUGUCGUCCGGCACGAGAGAGAUUGUCCUCAAUGAAGUCAUUCCCCUUAAUCAGACACCCAAGCCGGAGAUUGCCAAGCAGCUGUUUAUUCUCCAGAUGCAUCUAAUGAAAGUCAUCAACUUUAGAGUAAUGAACCAUACAUGGGAAACAGAGACGGCCGAGAAGCAUUUGCAAGAUUUGAGAAAAUCCACAGCCGCCGUUCUGGCCGAAGUGCCCAGUUAUCCCAGCCUCACCCGCAAGAAUAGCGAACCGACAGAAGAACUCUCCCGGUUAGGCUUCAAACACACCCGUUCCCCGUUGGACGACCUGAUGCCGCUGCCGGAAGGCGCUCUCGUCCUGGACUGUAUGCAGUAUUUCGCCAUGAAACAUCCCGCCGUCUUCCGGCAAUGGAUCCUGGAGAGCUGCUCCCGUAGUGCCUCCGACUGCCCGUUCCUCUUGGCCAGUCUGCACGUGGUGCGCGUGCUGUUAGAAACCUUCCGGGUGGUGGAAUUGCCGUCGGGGGAGUUCCCGGUGGGCGAAUAUGACCGGGUGGUGUUCACCUCGGAGUAUCCCUUCGAGGAGGCCUAUGUGCUGGGCAUGCAGACGCUGUGCCGGACGUGGAAGGAGAUGAAGGCGUCGGCGCAGGAUUUCAUGAAGGUCAUCGGGGUGCUGAAGGAGAAGGUGGAUUUGUCGUUGCGGGAUCCGCCGGCGCCCGGCUCGGUGGAGGCCUGGCGGGAGCGGGUCAAAGAGUAUACGUACGGGAAGAUUAACGAGAUCAGGGAGGCCAGGAAGAACGCCAAGGAACAGCUGGAGUCCAAGGCGGAACCGAUUGUCCAGUUGAGGGAGAUGCUGCGCUCCGAGGUUUUGGGGCUCAUUACGGAGAAUCGCAUACGGCACAUGCAGGAAGGCACACUCUUCUCGCACUACGAACGCCGCAUGUUCGCCGGGAAGAGCAAAACCUGGAAGUGCAAACUCUCCAUUAACAAGAAACUGCUGCACUACGGUGACGCCGACGAGAGCUCAUCAGGCCAGCUGGCCAAAGUUAUCGGCAUCAGCGAGAUCAAAGCGCUGCUGACCGGGAAGGAGUGUCCGCAUGUCAAGAACAAAAAGAAUUACCACAACGUCGCUUUCUCUCUGGCGCUGAUCGGCGAGAACAAGGCAGGAGAAAAUAAAACCCUGGAUUUUAUUGCGCCCAGUGAGUUUGAAUUCAAUAUGUGGACGGAUGGACUGCGGGUGUUGUUGGGGGAGGAAAUGAGCAGUCCGCUGGCGGCAUCCGACAUGGAGGAGCUGCUGACGUGGGAGAUUAAGAUGCGCUUGUUGGGCACGGAGGGCAUCGCGAUUCCCGAGAAAAUCCCGGAGAUGCCGCCGCUGCCGGACAAUUUUAAUUUUGCUAUUGCAUUGUGAGAGGCUUGUUUUGUUUGGCUGGUUUUGAAUGUUUUUAUUUUUUAUCGUUUGUAAACUUUAAAUUUUUUAAUGUUUUUAGCGUUGAUAUGUUGUACGACCCGGAUCCGCAUUCCGCUGUAAUUGUUGUAAUGUUUACGGUUUCUUUCACGUUUAAAAAUCUCCAGUUAUUG